GGGGUUUCAUGAUAAAGAAUAUAAAGCCUGAUUGAAUAGUUAAAUGUUUGCCUUACUGGAAUUUGAAAUCUUAACCAUUGUUGGAGCAUGGAUGCUGUAUUCAUGCAGUCCUGUUCUGGAUAAUUGUAUGAUUUUACAAAUUAUGCAAUGUGUUUAAAUUUGAAAUAUAAUUCAGACUUUGGUCAGUAAAAUUAGAUAGAUCAGGCUUAGCAUUAGAUUCAAAUUAUGCAACUUGGAUUUAGUUGCAUUGAUCUGCAUUUCUUAUGGCCCCAUCCACUCGAGGGUGCUUUCAGCACUGCCAAAUAGACAUUAGUGUAAAUGGCCUCUCCCCUCAAUCAUGAUUAGUAGACGCAAGUAAAUACAAGCAGAGAUGGAAUUGCAGGCGAAAAAAGUACUACAGUAGUUUAACCUUGUUUUCCUGCCUGUGAUGUCCCCUUAACAAUGUGUCCCAUUGUGCCUGUUAAAUUCCACUUGUGUGGACAGGCCUUUAAACCUGUGAUAGGCACAUUAGGCAGGCUUGCCUGAGGAUUGACAACAGGGUUGAGCAAACUAGUAGCUGAUCAACCAAUUUCACUCCCAGGUUGGUUGGUUUAACCAGUAGAUCGUCUGUGCCUGAUGUCCCUUUCUAGGGCAUGUCCACUAAUCAUGCUUAUUUGUUUGGACAUGCCAUAAGUGGAUACAGGUGUAGAUUGUCAUAAGAAAAACCCUAGGCAGACCAUCAAAAUUCCUGUGCUCAUUCUCUUGUGGACCCAGAACAAGUGUGCCUGGGAACUGCUGUCUGGUUAAAUAUGCAAGAAUUUGUGGUAGUGCUGGUAGGCACAACUGAAUAGAUCCCUAAUGGGUUGAAGUUCGUACUUAAUACUGCAUGGUGGGGGGAUAUAGGCUCAGGUCUGGUAAGUUUUACUAGAUCUAGUAGUGAAUCCUAGUUAUGUAGGUCUAAUAGAAGGGGGCACACUUUUUUUGUAUCCACAGGCAGACAUCAGUUGAGGUUAGGACUAGGGUUAUCAGAUUAUUGAAAUUUGUGCUCUAUGGAAAAACUCCCAGUAACUUAUGGAAAUAAUGAUUUUGGGUUUGGGGGAAUAAAGUCAUGUUAAUGUAAAAAUAUUGUUUAGGCAGUUUAGGCAAAUUUUUUUCUUGCUACUUGAAAAGAAGUACAGAAGCAAGAAAUGUCCAUCAGUCUUGAUAUCGAGUACAUCAGCUAUUAUGAAUCCUCUCCACAACACCUGUUUAUAUCUUGUUGGGGGGGGAGGUAGAACUUUGCUCACAUUUUUUUUUCUUUCCACCAUACAUUAAAAAAUCCAUAUACUGUAUCACCUUUAAUAGAAAAUCUAAAAAUGGGGAAAGGUGCACAGUCCUGGAACUGAGCCAUUUGGUGGUUUGCCAUAGUUACUCUGCUUAUUUCUUCUCUGUUUGUGCCUGCUUUACAAUGGGAUUUGGUAACUUUUACUCACACAGACACUGCUCCUCUUCUAGAUGGGGCCUAACUGGUUUGAACAGUAGAAGGUUCUAACAAUUUAAACAUACAUUUUGAGGGUUACAACUGAUUCUAAAUGUUUUUUGAAAUUAACAAUCUGUAAAGGAAACUAACAGUAUAAUUUACCUUAAAGGAUUUUUGCUUAAUUAGGUACAAGAUUAGCAUUUGCUAAAUAGUUAUGUAGACACCAAGCAAUUAUCUAAUGUUUGUAUUCUCAGUAAUGGAGGUUAUUCAUGAAUACAUUAGGAAAGUCCAAGGUAUACAAUACAUUCAUCAGUAAAUCUGAAAUUAAUUCUUACAGCACAGUGAAAAUUCAUAAUUUUAUAAUGAAUUUAUCCUCAUUACAUGACUGCAAUAUGGUCAGACUAAAAAGACAGGUACAACUAUCCAAAAUAAAUGUACAGUGACAUGCAAUGUUAAAUUAUAUAUAUUCUUUAACAGUAUCUUUAUUUGUAUAGAAGCAUCUUAGUUCCUACGCUUUUUCAGUGAAGUCUGUAUUGGAUUACUGUGUGUACAUGAAAUUGUGAUAAUGUAUACUACCCUCAUAUUAGAGGGUACUGGUGGAUUGGUUUUCAGCUUCCCAACUGUUCUUGUUUGUGUGUGUGUGCAAUGGAUGGCAGGCAAUUUACAAAUGCACAAAUAUUAUAAAAUGAAAUUGUUUUUCUAUUUUUGUGUAUAAAUGAAGUAUUUUUGUUAGCAUUUGUCUGUACUGAUACAUUGCCAAUAGUUGUUCAAGUCAGUUUAAUUCAGGAAUUAAGAAGUGUAUAAAAAAUGUAUAUUUCUUCUUUUAAGAAAGUAAUAUCCAUUUGUAAGUGUACAAAUUAGUUCUUAACAGUGCUUAGCUCAGUUUUUAUUGGGACAAUGAAAAUUUGUGAACAGUUAUCAGUUUAGUUUAAUUUAGAAUUUAAAUUUGUGUAUGGAAUGAAACUUCCUUUUUUAGAAACAAGAUUCAUCCAAUACUUAAUGUAUAACUGCAAUAGGUGUCUGGUAAUCUAAUGGUGCUAAUGAUUCUCUAGCUAGCAAUACAAGUUUUCUUGUCUGUUUUACAUUUUCAGUUUGAUGAUUAUUAAUAUCCUAUCACAUGGGUACAACAUGCCUUUCAACUAUACAUACUUGAGAUUCUAUUUUGUUUCUUUUUGUAUAGGUGUUUGCUCUCACACAUUCAUGUAAUGUUCACUUAUGAAAAUUUCAGUAAUUAAGUUUACUUAAAUGAUUGUGGUAUUUAAAAUAUAUUUCAACUUUUUUCAUAGAAAUAUUUUAAAUUAAUAACUUAGUGAGUUAUUGUUAAUGCAAAUUAUUUGGUUAAUUUUAAAUGUAUUGUUUAUAAAUAUACACUGAACAAUAGACAAUUUAUUACUAUUGUUUUUGUUUGUAGCCAUAUGCAAAUCUUUGAUGGCAACUUGUAUUUCAUGGUUGAUCAAUGUUGUAGCUUAUGGAUGUAAGCUUUUGGAUAUUAUAUUUUGCAGUUAUUCGUGACAAGACUGUAGCUGACUAUACUUCCUUCAAUCAUAUUUGGAAUAGCUGGGUGACAAAAUGUGUCAUAUUGAUAAAGUAUUUGUGUGGUAAAUUAAAGCAAUAAAAUGAUACAAACUCUCUUCUUCAUAAUGCACUAAUGACCUCUAUCUGAUGAUAAUACAGACAGUUUUAGGUGCUGAAUCUACCUCCUUUUCAUAUAAUGAAGAUGUAAUUGGGUAGGUCAGAUUUACCCUUCAUAUAAAAUCAUUUGCUUUCCAGAUUAAGCAAGGAUAUCACUUCAGAGAUCAGGUGAUGGUGAUGUGAGCAGGAUAUGCAGAUACUCUGAAUAUUGGUGGUUCUUCAUAUGUAGUAGGUAACUUAAGCAUGACAAUUUUGCAGGUUAGUGGAGAUUUUUGGUGAUGUGAACACUGCACAUGGACUGCAGAGCUUGAAUGACUACCUAGAAGAACGUAGUUACAUCUCCGGCUUUGCACCUUCCAAGAUAGAUGUUGAUGUAUUCUCUUCCUUGGGAAAAGCCCCAGAUGAGAAAUACAACCAUGUGCUUCGAUGGUAUAACCACAUUCAGUCCUUAGGAGUGGAGUUGAAGUUAACUCUGGGAGAAGACCCAACAGAUGCUCAGGUCUUGCUAGAAAACAAAAUGAAUGAGCAAAAAAAUUCAUGCAUGUUGUUUAGGGAGAAUGCAUCAGCAGCAAAAGGAGGGAAAACUAGGUGUUCAGCACCAAGCAAGAUUGAAGAGCAGAAAGAAGAGGCAGUAGUUAAUGAUGAUGAAUUUGACUUAUUCGGUUCUGAUGAUGAGGAAGACCAGGAUGCUACAAGAGUACGUGAAGAGAGACUAAGAGCAUAUGCUGAGAAAAAGUCUAAGAAACCUGGACCAAUAGCGAAAUCAUCAGUGAUGCUCGAUGUUAAGCCGUGGGAUGACGAAACAGAUAUGAAGGCAAUGGAAGAACUGAUUCGAUCUAUCAAGAUGGAUGGUCUUUCAUGGGGUGCCAGUAAGCUAUCCCCUCUUGCCUUUGGAAUUAACAAAUUAUCAAUCUUGUGUACUGUAGAAGAUGAAAAGGUCUCUGUAGAUGACCUAGUUGAGAAGAUUUGUGAAUUUGAAGAAUUUGUGCAAUCUGUUGACAUAGCAGCAUUUAAUAAGAUCUAAAUAGGUAAUUGGUAUUUACAUUAGCAUUGGUGCUACUGGACUUUUUCAAAUGUUAUGAAUGCUCAUGGAAUGUUGAAUUUUGAAAGAAAAAGUUUGUAUACACUAUGAAAAGGGUCAUCUUUGUCAAGACCAACGACCUUUACAGAAGUACCUAUGGUAACAUUAAUUGAAUUUAACAACUAUGAUGAAAAUCUGGUCCUUUUAGUUCUGUUUUCUUGGUAACAGUCAUUUGUGUUCAUAAAACAACCAAGUCAAUAGUAUUUAAUACAUACGGGUCUAAUCUGAUGUUAUGAAU